CGUGACAGAAUGACUGCGACCACAGUGAACGCCACUGGAGUGCUCUUCGAGGCGGAUGCGGAGGCUUUGGAUCAGGAUGUGAGCCAGAAGAAGUACACCGACGGCAGGAAGUUGCAGUUGGUGUGGCGCAACAUCGUGCUCUUUGCGUUGGUUCAUUUGUUCUCCUUGUACGGCGUGUGGCUGCUAUUCACGGAGGCCACAUGGACUACGUUUCUGGCAUUUCCGGUAUCUGUGGCCUUCUCGAUCGUCGGCAUUUCCGGCGGUGCCCAUCGCCUGUACGCGCAUCGAACUUUUAAGGCUAAAGUGCCCCUCCAGUUGAUCCUCCUGUUCCUCGACACGUUCGCCUUUCAGGAUGCGGUCUACUAUUGGGCGCGCGACCACCGAGUGCACCACAAGUACACGGAGACGGACGCAGAUCCCUACAACUCGGAGCGCGGAUGGUUUUUCUCGCACAUAGGGUGGCUGUGCGUCCGGAAGCACCCGGAUGUGGUGGCCAAGGGUAAAGAGAUCGACCUCUCCGAUUUAAAGCAAGACCGCCUCGUUAUGUUCCAGAAGAAGUACUUCCUCGUGCUGAUGCCGCUCAUAUGCUUCGUGAUGCCCACUGUCCUGCCCAUGUACUGCUGGGGCGAGUCGCUGAAAGUAUCCUGGCAUGUCCUGGCCCUGCUCCGCUGGUGCCUCAACCUUAACAUUAUCUGGUUGGUGAAUAGCUCGGCUCACAUGUUCGGCAUGCGGCCAUAUGACAAGAAGAUCAGCCCCACGGAUGAGAGAUUCCUCAUGUUUUUGCGCAUGGGCGAGGGCUAUCACAACUACCACCACGUCUUCCCGUGGGAUUACAAGAGCGCCGAGCUGGGUCCGUACUCUCGGGACUUCACCACGCGCUUCAUCAACUUUUUCGCCUGGCUGGGAUGGGCCUACGACCUGAAGAGUGUGUCACCCGAUAUGGUCCGCCGGCGAGUGUUGCGAACGGGAGACGGAUCCCAUCCCGUGUGGGGUUGGGGCGACAAGGAUCUGCAAAAAGAGGACGUGGUCGACAGCACCAUAACCCAUCAGCGAAAAAUUACGGCCGGAAGCUAGAGGGCUGCUUUUAUUGUUAUUGUUAUUAUUAUUAUUAAAGUAUGUCCUUGAAUAAAAGAUCAAAUUAAAUGAGA